AUGGUAUUCGAAGAUUUUAAGGUUGAUAGAAACAUCUAUGAGGUGGAAUUGAGUUACAUGUUCUCGAAGCUAAUGCGACUAAAAUUACCUCAAGAUACACCACCGGUGAGUGUCGGAACUUCUCGACAACUCCAUAAGUUUCUAAAUCAACAGAAGACUGAGAAUGCUCGUCUUUGUGUCGAAAUUAAGAAGAAAGAUGUUAAGACAAGGUCGUCACUUCCGAAGCGGAAAAAAAUAGAUGAUGAUCUUGAAGAAAAUCUCGCAGAUCAAGAAGAAGAUGAUGAUGAUGAUGAUGAUGACGAGGACAUCGGUGACAUAUUUGAUUACUGUGACGAUUCGGAUGGAGCAUCGUCAGAUGAUGAGAAUUUCACUUUGUAUGGAAAGCUUCCGCAACCCGAUGAGCAUGUUGAGGAAAAGAAAACUCCCCUGGAAAUGAAUCCCACACCAGUGACAAAGAAAGCAAAGGGAAUUCCUCCAACUGUUAAGUUAGAGUUGAGUUCACUUACUCUAACAGUUGGGCAGCAGUAUGAGACAAAAGACGAAUUAGAGAUGCGGUGUAAGAUUUUGUCAGUUUUACAUCAUUUUGAUUUCAAUGUCGACAGAUCAGACCCAGAGAUGUUAGUGAUUAAGUGCUGGAUAGAAGGCUGCAGUUGGCGAGUUCGAGCUACACCUGUUGAACGGUCUGCUCGUGCUCGAAAAGCAACUCCAGAUAUACUAGGCGUAUUGUAUAAAGAUUUUGUUGGUAGUGUUGAUUCAAUGGUUAAGCCAAAGCAUGUUUCUCAUGCGAUGAAUUUGAGAUUUGGUAUUAAAAUGGACUACUGGAAAGCGCAUCGCACACUUAAAAAAGCACGGAAGUUGGUUAGGGGUUCUGCUGAAAGCGGAUACGCAGAGUUACCUACGUACUUACACAUGAUAAGAAAGGCUAAUCCGGGAACACUUACUCGUCUCGAAGUUGAUGAGAAUCAACGCUUUAAAUAUCUUUUCCUUGCAUUUGGAGCAAGCAUCAAUGGUUUUCCCUACAUGAGGAAAGUGAUUGUGGUUGACGGAACAUUUUUGAAAGAAAAGUACAAAGGAACGCUGCUAACUGCAUCAGCACAUGAUGGUAAUUUCCAAAUAUUCCCUAUCGCUUUUGCAGUAGUUGAUACAGAGAACAACAAGUCUUGGGAAUGGUUCUUUAGGCAGCUUAGCAACGUAGAUGACGAAGGGCUUGCAAUUAUCUCUGAUAGACAUAAAGCUAUUGCGAAAGCGAUUGGGAAGGUUUACCCUAUGGCUAGUCGUGGAGUUUGCACAUAUCAUCUUUAUAAGAAUAUUCUGCAACGCUUUAGAGGUCGUGAUGCGUUUCGUUUGGUUAAGAAAGCGGCGAAUGCUUAUAGACUUACUGAUUUCGAGACCGCUUUUGAGGAGAUAAAAACGAUGAAUCCAUCAUUACAUAGGUAUUUGGAAAAAGCUGAUGUACAAAAGUGGACACGUGUUCAUUUUCCCGGUGAGAGAUACAACAUUACUACGACUAAUAUCGAUGAAUCGAUGAACAAAGCCCUCUCGGAGGCCAGGAGUUUGCCAAAUGCAGGACUCUUAGAUGCAGUAAGAUUAAUGAUGACGAGAUGGUUUUCAGAUAGAAGGAAUGAUGCAAUGUCAAUGAAGACUACACUUACACGCGGAGUAGAGAAACUUUUAGAGGAACGAGUAGCCUAUGCACGUACGCUUACAGUUCAAUCAAUUGAUUUACAUCAAUCUCAAGUCACUAGUAAAACAUCCUUACACGUUGUUAACUUGACGGAGAAAACAUGUUCUUGCCGACGAUUUGAUUUGGAGAAGUUACCAUGUGCUCACGCAAUUGCUGCAGCUGAGGCAAGUAAAGGUAAAACGUCUACGAUAUCACAAUGUCAUCGAUACUUUCUGAGCAAUUAUUUGUACAAUUCGUAUUCGACUUCUGUCAUGCCGAAAGAUGAUGCGAUUCCUGUUCAAGAUGCUGUGAAAGACAAAGUUUGUCUACCUCCGGUGGUUCACCAACCUCCGGGAAGACCCAAAAAAUCAAGAAUCAAAUCAGUUUUGGAGAAAGCAGUAGAAAAAAAACGGCCACGGAAACAACACGCCUGCUCAAGAUGUCAUUUGGUUGGGCAUAACUGCAAAACUUGCCCAUCUGCAAUUUAA